CAGAUCUGUGAUCUCGCUGGGUUACGACGUUAUUCUUCCGGUGUCAAAGUGUAGCUCAUCGGUCAUUGACGGAGCGAGCAUCAAGCAUCUACCAAAAACCGAGAAGAAACGGCCCAAAGCAAUGUCGCACACCAUCCUGUUGGUACAGCCCACCAAGCGGCCCGAAGGGCGGACGUACGCAGACUAUGAAUCCGUCAACGAGUGUAUGGAAGGGGUGUGUAAGAUGUACGAGGAGCAUCUGAAGAGGAUGAACCCCAGCAGCCCGUCGAUAACCUACGACAUCAGCCAGCUGUUCGACUUCAUCGACGACCUCGCUGACCUCAGCUGUUUGGUGUACCGUGCCGACACCCAGACCUACCAGCCCUACAACAAGGACUGGAUCAAGGAGAAGAUCUACGUCCUGCUGCGGCGACAGGCACAGCAGGCGGGGAAGUGAGACCGGAGACUGAUUCGGGACCGGGGUCUGGGUGGGGGUGGGGGGUGGGGGCGGGCUGAAACGUUGUUGUAAUAAAAUGCGUUAUUUUCCUAUCUGUCACAUGUCAAAGGGAUGGGUGGUUUGUUUUGCAUGGGGAACAGCGUUUAUUUUCUAUGACGAUGUCCGGGUUAUAAAUAAAGAAUUGCUUUAAAAAAAC